GCGACCUCCGACGGUUCGACCUCACGCGGACGCGGUUCUCGAGGAAGACACUCUGUCUCUUCCUUUCCUACUAUUCCCGAUCACUUAAUCGGGGACGCUAUGACGGAUGAAGAAUUCGACCAGAUUUAUUCUGGUAGAGGGGACGCAAAUCUUCCCACUCUUGAUAGUGUAUUCAAAGAUCUUGAUGAAGCAGGACUGGAUAAUCUGGACGGGGACGAGGAGCCUACACCGCAGAGCAACGACGUCGACGUGGAGGCAGGUGAGCCCGAGACCUCUCGAGGUCCGGACAAAGCAGUUGAACGAGAAUUCAGUGCUGGCGGCAACAUUCUAACCGACUUUCGAAGUUGUCUUAGCGCUGAAUCUCUUGAAACACUGGUUUGCAACCAAGAUUGGCUCUUGGCAAGACGUCGAGCUCAAGAGUCAUCAGCAGGGUCUUCUUCUUCUUCAUCUUCAUCUGCAAACAUGAAAAACCAGCUGGGGAAAAUGGGAUUCCAUUAUCUGCACAAAUUGAAUGCCGAAAACAUCCCAAAGGACUUGAUUGAGAAGGGGCAAAAGCGUGUCAUUGAAGCAUCUCUGACCCUUAUCCGAGAGAGGGCUAAGCUGAAGGGAGAACUUCUCCGUGCUCUAGGGGGUGUAGUAGCAUCGCCAACCCUUCUUGGGGUUCCUCUAGGGCAUAACUCCUCAUUUCUCCAAGGGCCUGCAUUUGCUCCUCCCCGCAUUCGUGAAGCUAUAUGGUGUGGCAGCACAAACUCUACCACUGAAGAAGGCAAACAGGUGUGUGAUCCUCGUGUCUUGAGUGAUGCUGGUGAUGUACCGGUCCAAGAGCUAAGAGACUGUGGGGUUGAUGAUGAUGGACUAAUGGAUAUUGUUAGUAAAUCUGUCAAGCUAGUGAUGGAAGAAGUACCAUUGCGUCCAUUAAUCUUGGGGGGCGAUCACUCAAUAUCAUAUCCUGUUGUGAGAGCUGUGUCAGAGAAACUUGGAGGACAAGUGGAUAUUCUUCACCUUGAUGCUCAUCCUGAUAACUAUGAUGCCUUUGAAGGAAACAAAUACUCACAUGCCUCUGGUUUCGCUAGAAUCAUGGAAGGCGGUUAUGCCAGGCGGCUCUUGCAAGUUGGGAUUAGAUCAAUCACAAAGGAAGGCCGCGAGCAAGCAAAAAGAUUUGGUACCGAGCUGUAUGAAAUGAGAACUUUUUCUAGAGACCGCCAGUAUCUGGAAAAUCUGAAACUAGGUGAGGGGGUGAAGGGCGUGUACGUAUCCGUGGAUAUAGACUGUCUUGACCCUGCAUUUGCCCCAGGUGUGUCCCACAUAGAGCCCGGAGGCCUAGCUUUCAGAGACGUCCUCAACAUUCUCCACAAUCUUCAAGGGGACAUUGUGGCUGCUGAUGUGGUCGAAUUCAAUCCGCAGCGUGACACCGUUGAUGGGAUGACUGGUAUGGUUGCUGCAAAGAUUGUGAGAGAAUUGGCUGCUAAGAUAUCAAAGUGAAAAAAGUAACAAUCUAUACCCUUUGCUACUUCCUAUUACUGAAUUUAUGAAGUUUUAGUCAGACAAUGGCCCUUUUUUUCUUCUUCAAAUAAGCACAUCUCUGUUUCAACAUUCGUGUAACCCUUGAUUUUGUGCAAUUUGGGCCUAUUUGAUGAAUAAUAAAAUGUCUUAGCUCUAGCUUCUUCAUCUUGAUUCUAGGCUUUGUUUGU